ACAUGCAUCUCUAUUUUUCUUCCCAUCAAAACUUAAAAAAACCUUUCUCUUCUAAAAAAUAAUUAAUUAGCGGCCGCCGCCCCCCACCACUUUUACCACCGCCACCACCGAUACCACCAUACGAAUAAUGGGCACUUGUUGCUCUCGUGGGGAAUCUGGUGCUGGUGCACAUAUUAACGAAAAAGGAGAUCGCUAUACAUCACAUAAUAAUAACAAUAACACGAAUGGUAGUUUUCUUGGGCGUCAAGAUAACUCCACUACUCCGCCUAAGGCAACCGCUCCACCUUCUCCUUCUCCAUCCGUCUCACCUAAACCGGCAAAGGCAGCUCCUAUCGGACCGGUCCUAGGCCGACCUAUGGAGGAUGUAAAGUCAAUCUACACCAUGGGUAAAGAACUUGGUAGAGGACAGUUUGGGGUUACUCAUUUAUGCACGCUUAAGAGUACAGGUGAGCAAUUUGCAUGCAAAACGAUAGCGAAAAGGAAGCUAGUGAACAAGGAAGAUGUGGAAGAUGUUAAGAGAGAAGUUCAAAUUAUGCAUCAUUUGACAGGACAGCCUAAUAUUGUUGAACUCAAAGGUGCUUAUGAGGACAAACAUUCGGUUCAUUUGGUGAUGGAAUUGUGUGCCGGUGGCGAACUUUUUGAUCGGAUUAUCGCUAAGGGUCAUUAUACGGAACGUGCUGCUGCGUCUUUGCUUAGAACUAUUGUUCAAAUUGUUCAUACUUGUCAUUCUAUGGGUGUUAUUCAUAGAGAUCUUAAGCCUGAAAAUUUCCUUUUGCUUAGCAAGGAUGAACAUUCUCCUCUAAAAGCUACCGAUUUUGGCCUUUCUGUUUUCUACAAGCCAGGAGAAGUGUUCAAGGAUAUUGUAGGAAGUGCAUAUUACAUAGCACCAGAAGUGUUGAAGAGGAGAUAUGGACCAGAAGCUGAUAUAUGGAGUGUUGGUGUUAUGUUGUAUAUUCUUCUAUCUGGUGUUCCACCCUUUUGGGCUGAAUCUGAACAUGGGAUAUUCAAUGCAAUAUUACGCGGACAUGUUGAUUUUUCAAGUGAUCCAUGGCCUCAAAUUUCACCUCAAGCUAAGGAUCUUGUUAAGAAAAUGCUCAAUUCAGAUCCUAAACAACGUUUGACAGCCAUCCAGGUUCUAAGUCAUCCAUGGAUCAAGGAGGAUGGAGAAGCACCUGAUACUCCUCUUGAUAAUGCAGUAUUGAGUAGGCUCAAACAAUUCAAAGCCAUGAAUAGAUUCAAGAAAGUUGCCCUAAGGGUUAUUGCUGGUUGUCUAUCAGAGGAAGAAAUUAUAGGGUUAAAGGAGAUGUUCAAAGGAAUUGAUACUGACAAUAGUGGCACCAUUACACUUGAAGAACUUAAGCAAGGACUUGCCAAGCAAGGGACUAAGCUAUCCGAAUUCGAAGUUAAACAACUUAUGGAAGCCGCUGAUGCAGAUGGCAAUGGUACCAUAGACUAUGAUGAAUUUAUCACUGCAACAAUGCAUUUGAACAGGAUGGAUAGAGAAGAACAUCUUUACACAGCCUUCCAACAUUUCGAUAAAGAUAAUAGCGGGUACAUCACAACUGAAGAGCUCGAGCAAGCACUUCGUGACUAUGGAAUGCACGACGGAAGGGACAUCAAAGAAAUUAUUUCUGAAGUUGACAAUGACAAUGAUGGAAAUAUCAAUUAUGAUGAAUUUGUGGCGAUGAUGAAGAAAGGAAAUCCGGAGGCAAAUCCAAAGAAAAGGCGUGAUACUCUAUUUGUUUGAUCGGAACUAAGUUAAAAUAUUGGAGGAGAUGAACAAAGAAAAAAUUAAUUCAUUUGUACCUUAAUGACCUUAACAUUUGAAGUAGGUGGAGAAAAAAAAACAUACUAGAAAACUCAACAAGGAAUUGAAAACCAGUGUCUAAAGGGAGGCGAUGUGAUUGAAAAAACAAAAAGUAUUGGUGGUGUUAAGAGGGGGUAGUAAAAUUUGAAGGGUAUAAUUGGUUCUCUCCCUUGUGUGAACAUAAUGUAAUCAUAAUAUUUACAAAAGAGAACUAAUACUUAGGAAUCUAAUGUUUAUUUUUUAUUGUAUGUAUGUGUUGUUGCUAUCCAAUUUAGGAGUACAUUUUAA